AAGUGAUGGAUUUUAAUUUAAAUUUUGAUCAAAUAUUGAUUAGUAACAAAACACCAAUUAUUCGUGAUAAUAGAAUUGAAAAUCCAACAAAAGCUACUAUAGAACAAACAAUUGAUAGAACAGAAACAAAAUCCAAUAUCUUUACUUUACAAAUUAGAAAGUCUGAAUCAUUUGAAGUUGGUGAACAUGUUGAUAUGUCUUUUGAAAUUGAUAGAAAUGUUUUCAAUAAAUUAAAUGUGAAAUUAGAAUCUUUAAGUAUUGAAGGAAACUUUAGUUCAACGGAUGAAAAAACAAACAGAAAAAUUAUAUCAGAUAUAGUUUCAUAUCAUAUUAAACAUAAAGUUAUCGUUCCACCCCACACCUCUAUACAAGUUAAUGUUAUUAUAUAUAUGGUGAAUCUUGUUGUACCCUUUACAGCAAAAAUUCAUGCUAUUGCUAAAGCGGAUAGAUUGAACAAGAGUGGAAAAGUUGAUAAAAUGGUAAAUGUUGAUGGUAAUGCAACAUUAUAUUAUCUUCAAAGGGAAAGUACCAAAGAUGUAUUUGUGGAUGAAAAUAUUUAUUAUAUCAAUACAAAUGGUACUUUGGAAAUAGAUGGUUAUGGAUUUGAUUCAAUUAAAACCAAAACAAUUUCACAAGAAUCACAAGAAUCUAAACCACAAGAAUCACAAGAGUCUGAGCCACAAGAGUCACAAGAGUCUGAGCCACAAGAGCCACAAAAGUCUGAGUCUACCUCAAAGAAACCAGUUAUGCUUUAUCAAAUUUUACUAAUUAUACUACAAUUCCACUUUUCAUUGUUUGUAAAUUGA